AUGUCGCUCUCCCCGGAUGCUCGCGACGAAUACAUUCCAAUCAUUGAUUCGAUCUUGUCCAAGAGCGAUUUGAACACAAUUUCAGAGAAGCGCAUUCGCAAGGGACUCCAGGAAGCAGUCGGCUAUGACCUUACCCCGCAGAAGGCUGCUGUCAAGCAGCUUAUCAUGGCUAGGUUCGACCUCUUCGCUGAGAGGAAGGGGAUAGGUGCUUCUUCCCCGACAAAUGGCGAUGAGCAGCGCCCUGACUCUGCAACACCUGUGGAACCAUCUUCUCCCUCUCAAUCCUCGACGGCACACAAGCGACAGGCGGACAGCGUUGAACAGUCUGACGGCCGCUCGAGCAAGACCCCACCGCCUUCGAAGAAACAGAAGUCAAACCACGAUAUCGACGCUGAUGCGCUCUUCGCUGCAAAGUUGCAGGCCGAGGAAAACAUGCGAGCCCGUACCACACGUGGUGCCGGCUCGCGCAAAGCGGCCCCAGCUAAGAAGAAGAAGAUCACUACUGCGAAGACGGCGAAACGCGUGAAGGCAGAGGACGACUCAGACAUUGGAUCCGGUUCCGAUUCAGGAAAGAAGGUCAACCGUUCUGGCGGGUUUCACAAGCCGUUAAGCCUCUCACCGGCGCUUUCGGCGCUGCUGGAUGGCGCUGUAACGCUUUCACGACCACAGACAGUCAAGAAGCUGUGGCAGUACAUUCAUGAGCACGAUCUUCAGGACCCCAGUGAUAGACGACAAAUUCGAUGCGACGAACCGAUGCGCGCGGUGUUUAAGCAAGAUCGCAUACAUAUGUUCACGAUGACCAAAAUUCUCAGCCAAAAUCUAUAUAGUCCGGACGAAUAG